AUGCCGCCCUUCGACAGCCCAAAGGGGCCUCCAACGGCCGAUCUCCACGCCGCCGUCCGCCGGUCUCCUCGCCGGCCCAGCAACGGCGAUGGCGUGACGUCUCUCGUCGCAAACGCGGUAAAUACAAACCUACUCAGGCGUGGUGGCAUGGGCCUCAUGGCACCGCCAGGAGUGCAUGGGCGCGACGCACGCCACAGCGUGCGCGAAGCGAGGAGGCACCACGCCGAGUCGGCGGUUCACCUCAACUUCAUUUCCCUCGCCGCGAUUCCGUCGCACGAGGCGCUGGAGCAGUGCAUGGAGGGGCGGCAGGAGAAGAAGCGCCGCGUCUUCUCCCCGCCCCCGCCGGCCAAGCGCCACGCCAGCUCCGCCAGCGGCGCCCGCCGACGCGGCGCAGCCUCAGCCUGCGACAAGUCGGAGGAGCAGGAGCAGGAGCAAGAGCUGUCGAGCCUCAAGCUGACCGAGAUGGUGCCGCAGCGCAAGGGGGCGUCGCGGCCUCCCUCCAGCCGAGGCGGCUCCGCCGUCUCACUCUCUCGCUGCGAGUCGCGUUUCUCCCUCCUAUGGAAUGUGACAGAGCUUCGCGCCGCGCCGCCGCUCGCCCCUCGCCGCAGAAGGUCCUUUCGGCGGCCGGGCCAGUAA